UCUUCGUCUUCUGCUUACUCCCAACUCUCCUUGUUUCUCUCAAUCUCUUCUUCUUCCUCAAGCUCAGAUUUCUAAUCCAGCCACCCACACCAUGCCAAUCAUAUCUGGCCUCACAAUCCACCAUUCUCCGUCGCCGUCGCCAUAACCCUCGCUCAAACUUCACCCGAAACAAGGCUGAGAGAGAAAGAAAGAGGUUCGUACUUGGCGGCCAUAGAAGGAGUUCGAAUCUGAAAUCGGACGAGUUUGGGUCUGUGGUAGAGCCAGGUACUACCCAUUGCUUCACCUUCAUUCCCCAAUUUCAUCGUCCCUCUUUUCAACUCUUAAUGCUCAAUCUCCCAUUGCAAUUCACAGUCCUUUGCCAGAAACAUAUGACGAAUUUGUGGUGGAAGAGAAGGAAGAAGAAGACUUUUCUUGCUAUUUUGAACAAAUAGCUUCCUCUCCUCAUCGCCGACGUCUUUCUGGGGUCAGAUCGUCCAGCCGGCAACUCAGGAAAAGGAAUUGAAGUCGGAAAGCUUUGUGUUUUCGACGAAUUUCGGUUGUUCUUUGACGAAUUUCGGUGACUGAUUGGGAUGCAUGAGGUUUUGGUUGGUUUCGGGGUCUGACACAAGUACCAUCACCGGUAGCUUUUCUGGCUUCAUCGCUUCACCGUUGACGGUGUGUGAGGUAUAAAACUCGAUCUUCUUUUGAUACUCUAUGUGUUGGUGUCCUUGGUUUCGAUUUGUCAUUGAGUUUUGAUAUAGUUGUUGUUUGGGGUAUUGUCGGCCGAGUUUCUGGUUUGUUUCUGACGUUGAUUGGCAUUCUGGAGGAAGAACUGCUUGGUGAUGUUCAUUUUAAGAAUCUGUGUAGUGGAGUACAAAUCUGAGCGUGAUUGGAUGGUAGCAAGGUGUUGGCUUCGAAGUUAGAAAGCUUCCUGUUCAGUGAUUGUGUUCGAAACUAGACACAGUAGCAAUACCCAUGAUUAACAUAAUGAAGGGAAAAGACACGAGAGAGGAGAGAAGGAAAAGAGACCCUUGAUUUGUCUCCAAGAUCGCGAGUCUUUUCUUGUCUUGUGACUCUGGGUGAAAGUAACUCCUAGAAACAACCGUACCGACUGAACCGUGUUUGGAGUGAAUUUGAAAAGCUAAGAACUUUAGUUUGAUGAACUGAAAAAAGCUAAUAACUUUGACAACAAAGACAACAGGGCACUAGAUGCCAACUUCUUCUCAAGAUGGAAAAUUUACCAUCUUCUUCACCACCAUCGAAUCAAAACAAAACAAAACAAAACAAAACAGAAACCCAUUUUACCUUUCCCUUUUGCCAUGAACAAUCUCCACAACAGAUCAAAGAAGCCCAGUUUUGGAGCUCACUUCCAGAACAAUCAUAGCCAAAAAAAACAACCCACCAUGGCAGAAACCAGUACCAGCAGCAGUUGCAAUGGCUCUCCAUUGACCCAAAUAGCCCAAGACCACCUCUUCACAAUCUUGCUACUCCUCCCUGUUGAUUCUAUUCUCAGCUUUGCCAUGACUUGCAAGAAGUUUAGAGCUCUCACAGCUUCUGAUACUCUGUGGGAGUACAUAUGCCACAGGGACUGGGGCACCAAAUCAGUUGAGGCCAUCAAGGCUUCAAAUUCUAAUCAGCAGUUGCCUUGGAUGAGGAUUUACAAGCAAGUUUCUGGGUUUGACUCUGUGUAUUGCCAUAGAUUGUGUGCUGAUCCAGAUGCUGAGUUGGUGUCUCCAACUCCCAGGGCCUCUCAUUCCCUCAAUUUUGUGUCUGAUUGCUUGGUUUUGUUUGGUGGUGGCUGUGAGGGAGGACGCCAUCUAGAUGACACAUGGGUGGCAUACAUGGGUAAUGAUUUUCAGAGAUUGCUGAAGUGGCAGAGGAUCAGUUCGGGCAGUCCAAGUGGAAGAUUUGGGCAUACAUGUGCUGUAAUUGAUGAUUUUCUUGUUCUAUUUGGAGGAAUAAAUGACAAUGGAAACCGUCAAAACGAUACAUGGGUGGGGCAAGUAGCAUGCCAUGAUAACCUUGGUAUCACAUUGUCCUGGAGGCUGCUUGUGGUGGGGGACAAUGCACCUCCCCAGCGAGGAGCUCAUGCGGCAUGCUGCAUUGAAGGUAGAAAGAUGGUUAUCCAUGGAGGAAUUGGGCGGUUUGGUGUGAGACUGAGUGACACAUGGGUAUUGGAACUCUCAGAAAACUUUCGAACUGGUACUUGGUAUGAAAUCGUUACUCAGCCAUCUCCCCCAGCUCGCUCGGGUCACACGUUGACUUGCAUUGGGGGAACCCGAACUGUUUUAUUUGGAGGAAGAGGAUUGGGAUAUGAUGUGCUUCAUGAUCUUUGGCUCUUGGAUAUUUGUGAGGGUCAUCCACAAUGGUUACAAGUACUAUACGAGUUACAAAAUAUUCCUGGAGGAGUUUCCCUUCCACGGGUUGGUCACUCGGCUACACUCAUCUUAGGAGGUCGUUUGCUGAUAUGUGGAGGGGAAGACUCGUAUAGACACCGGAAGAAUGACUUCUGGGUUUUAGACAUUACUGCAGUUCCCUCCAUUACGGUGCAGCCAACUAUGUUGAACUCUAUGCAUUUAUUUGCAAAAAUGUGGAAAAGAUUGAAGACAAAGGGUCAUAUACCCAACUGCCGGUCAUUUCAUCGUGCCUGUGCAGAUCAAUCUAGGCGUUGCGUGUUUAUGUUUGGCGGAAUGGUGGAUGGUUUACUUCAACCUGCUGACCCAGCUGGGCUGAGGUUUGAUGGAGAGCUCCUCCUUGUGGAGCUUGUGCUUCAGUUAUGAGGAGGAUGAAAAUAACUAGAGCAACGGUAAAUAGUUAAAUGGAUGCCAUUUUGUUUCACCGUUUCUUGUACAUGGUGUGUCUGUUGAAUUGAGACUAUAAGAGCAAGUUCACCCGUUGGGUCACCAGGUCACCCACUAUUCACUGCUUUUUAGUGUUAAUUUCACCCUCUGGGUCACGAGCACAGUGUAUUUCGUGACCCAGAGAAUGAAAAUAUACACUAAAAAGCAGUGAAUAGUAGGUGACCCGGUGACCCAACGGCUGAACUUGCUCUAAGAAAAAACAAAUAACUUUUUAUCAUCUGACUAUGGCAAAGCUGAUCAAUUCCAACUCCAUUUGUAUUUGCCAUUUCCUCACCCUGUCGGUCAAUAUGGAACUAUUAUUCAUAUCAACUAUUUGGAAAUUUUGGCAACGA